AUGUCGCCAAAGGCCUGCGAGCAGUGUUUGAAUAAAGAGACGGAGAAAUAUGCUGCAGGUGCUAGUCCGACAUGCAUCAGAUGUAGUCGUCUGAAGAUUAGCUCCACCUCCCGUCGAAUCAAGCGGAUGAGACAACGCUCUUCUGUCAACACUUUCCCACUUGGAGAUCUGCAUGUUUCCAGUGUCGUGUUGCAACAUCGCCCCAAAUCCCAAGAAAGCGAGAGCGAUGCCUCCUCUCCCUCAUCUAGUCAACGCUCCUAUUCGAGCUCGCCUCCCGGAGUCGACGAAGCUUGGACACCAGCAACCGAUGUUGUUUUAUCCCCAGAGAAAUUAAUCAGCGCCCCGGCCAACUUCCAAACAACAUCAGAUGCGUUGCGCACCGUGAUGGACGUGGAACAAUUCUCAGUCAUACAUUUACCAUUCAUGUUAGGAGAUACUUUUAUUCCGACAUCCCAGAAGACAGUCUACGUCAUUUUGCAACUAUGCGGCCCGAUCCUGAUAGAAGGAUAUCUGGCAUUUUUAGGACUGAUGUCAAAUUACCAAAAGUCGCUCGUUAUACGGCGGAGAGAACCCGAUAUGUAUAAGGCAGCCAAGGGAUUGCAACGUCUGCGAAGUGUGAAAAUCUCAAACGAUUACGACGCAGCUUGUGUUCUCUUCCUGGGCCAGACUAUGUACGUGUUCAAUGUACUCACGGCACCGUACUCCAGUACCGCCCACUCUAUCGUUCGAAGCUCCCUCAUCUCGGCCAAGCCAUGGCUUCCCAGCUUGGUACAAGCGCCUGUCAUGGACACAAUAACCAUGUCACCGAUUUUGAUCGACACGGUCGAGUGUUUAGUGCACCGUGAGAUCCCUAUAAUACGACUCGAUCCUCAGCGUCGCGUCAUCGUUGACCGCUAUCUUGGCCUUUGUGCAACACUUAUGCCUCAUUUUUACGACAUCUGCGAGUGUAGCUAUACCUUAAAGAUAGAAGCUCCUACUACCGGAUCCGAGCCACACUCAGCCAUUCAUGAUCGACUGGAUGGAAUAGAGGAGGAGAUUCGACGUUGGCGACCCCAAACCCCUACUGGACUGUUCGAGAGAUACGGUCAGAAUGCCGUUCUAUCAAUGGUCACACAAGCAAAUGUGUAUCGUUUGGCAGGUUUAUUGAUAAUCCACCGGCUCCGAUAUCCCCUGGGAGUCGAAGACGAGGCAGGAGGGAAACUUGCAAAUGGAAUAUUUUCUGAAUUGGCAUUCUUUGCCAAGUCAGCAAUUAAUUUAAAGGAAUCUAGCGCGUUGCCUGUGGUACUUCCUUUGAUGACGGCCAUGAUUGAGAUACAAGGGCCCGGGGAAGUUUUGAUAGAUCGCCUGGCCACCUCAUUCACUGUCCAAAGUGCAAGUGCAUCCAGGCUUCAGGAAUUUGUGAAGGUGGCCAGAGCUUCGAAGGAGUCUGGAUAUCAGGGCAUUUGGUUUGAGUUGGUGGAUACACAUCUUCGUGUCGCGGUACCGCCAUAG